AUGGCUCCAAAACUAUUUUGUAUUCCUGACCUUGUGAUUAAAAUCCUCCGUCAAGACACUCCUCAAGGAGUUCAGAACAUUGAACAAGCAGCUGAGCAAUUAAAACUUGCAAUCAAAACAUCGUUUGAUAAAUGUAUGUCGAUGUUCAUAUUUGAUCAAUUGUUAAAACAUUCGUCUCGUCUACUUUUAGCUUUACAAGAGAUGAAAGCCAUACAAGAAAAAAUAGAUCACAUAAAUAUCAUGCUAAAAAUUUCUGUUCUCGUCCUUCAAUCAUUGUCUUCGGACUAUUUUCCAUUGAUCGUUAAUGAACAAAACUUCAUGGCUGAUUUUUUUCACCUUACCAAAAAAGAUUCAAAAUUAUCAUGCGAUUCAGAAGUGUUUCUUAAGGAUUUGGAUGAUAAUGAAAUUCUAAAUGGUUUUAUUUUAAAGCGAGCACAUGGAAAAACCAUUCAAUUUAUCCUAGAUGAAUUAUGCGUAUUUAUUGAUUAUGGAUGCAAGCUUGACGCAGCCCAAAUAGUAGGAAUUAUUGUAUCUAUUGAAAAGCUCAUGAAUGAAGAUGAGAGACUUGACUACAAUUAUGUAAUUAAAGUGAAUGAACAACUCAAAGCAAUUGAAGAUACUAAGGUUACUUCAAAGAGACGAAAAGUAAUAGUUCUGUUUAUUCGCAUAUUUCCGGUGCGUACAUCUAGUUUUCAAGUUUUGCAUACUAGGUUCACAUAG